AUGGGCGACGCCCCGCUGCCAGCACCCCCCACCCAGGCUCCAGCCCCACCUGCGGCUGCGCCCCGGGUCCCCUUCCACUGCAGCGAGUGUGGCAAGAGCUUCCGCUACCGCUCGGACCUGCGGCGCCACUUCGCGCGGCACACGGCGCUCAAGCCCCACGCGUGUCCGCGCUGCGGCAAAGGCUUCAAGCACAGCUUCAACCUGGCCAACCACCUGCGCUCACACACCGGCGAGAGGCCUUACCGCUGCUCUGCCUGCCCCAAGGGCUUCCGGGACUCCACAGGCCUGCUCCACCACCAGUGCGAGAAGCUGUUCCGCUCGCCGCGCGACCUGGAGCGGCACGUGCUGGUGCACACGGGCGAGAAGCCGUUCCCGUGCCUGGAGUGCGGCAAGUUCUUCCGCCACGAGUGCUACCUCAAGCGGCACCGGCUGCUGCACGGCAGCGAGCGGCCCUUCCCCUGCCACAUCUGUGGCAAGGGCUUCAUCACGCUCAGCAACCUCUCGCGCCACCUGAAGCUGCACCGAGGCUGCCAGCGCGAGUUCAAGCGCCUGGCCGACCUGGCCCGGCACGCGCAGGUGCACGCGGGCGGCCCCGCGCCUCACCCCUGCCCCCGCUGCCCGCGCCGUUUCUCGCGCGCCUACAGCCUCCUGCGCCACCAGCGGUGCCACCGGGCCGAGCUGGAGCGCGCCGCCGCCCUACAGGCGCUCCAGGCCCAGGCGCCACAGCCCCCUCCGCCCCUGCGCGCAGAGCAGGAAGAACCCGAGCUGCCGCUGUCCGUCUCCAACAUCAAGGAGGAACCCCCCUCUCCGGGGACCCCUGCCCGGUCUCCACCCGCGCCCCCCGUAUUUCUCAGCGCCUCCUGCUUCGACAGUCAAGACCACUCCGCCUUCGAGAUGGAGGAGGAAGAGGUGGACAGCAAGGCCCACCUGCGCGGGUUGGGGGGCCUGGCUUCCUGACCCUCACAGUGGUCGCCACCCCCACCCCCACCCCUUUGAGCUCCCUCCGGGUUUGCAAUAUGGAGGAGGGGAAUUGAAGGCAAGGUCCCUUUUCCACUCUCCCACCUGUCUGUCCCCUCCCCCCCUGACACUAAGGAGGUGUCCUGCACUGCCAGGCCCACCCCAGGGACACCUCCCACCCCACGCUGGUUAGAAACCCCUCACUCCAACACGUGUCUUGAGGCAGGAUAGGCUUGGAGAAGGAGAGACCGGACAACUGACUGAGGGACAGAGGCCGGUAGGGGACCCCCUGCCGGCGGCCACACCCACCCACACACUGGACACCAUCACGCUCUUUGGAACGGCCAGACCUGGGGGUCCCCAGUGGGCAAAGGUUCAUCCCUGUCCCUUUGUCUGUCUGAAUAAAUGUGCGUCUGUGGAACGUGAA